ACACAACUGAUGAGAUCUGUUUAUAACCUCCACUGAAUAUCUUCAUUUAUUCUUUUCUUAUUGGAAUCAACAGCAGGAUGAAGAAGACUUUCACAAUCAUUAUUUUAUUUCUCUUGUGUGCAAGUGUGUUUGGUGAUCCAGAUGUGAAGUCAGUGUCAGUGAUGGCUGGUGGUUCAGUUACUCUACGGACUGAUAUUACACAGCUACAGGGCGAUGAGAUGAUCUGGUGGAGGUUUGGAGAAGGCGAAUCUAAAAGUCUUUUAGCUGAAAUUACUAUAAAAAAUAUCUGGUAUGAACAUGGGACAUUCAGAGACAAUCUGCACAUAUCAGACAAACAGAUUGGAGAUCUCACCAUCAAUAACAUGAUGAUCAAAAACUCUGGACUUUAUGAAGCAGAGAUCAAUCUUGACACUGAAACAGUAUACAAGAGAUUUAAUGUUACUGUUUUUGAGUCUCCUUCUGUUAUUAAUUCUGGACCAAGUGAAGUGACGUCUUUUACAGUGAUGGAGGGUGAAUCUGUUAUUUUACCCUGUAAUGUUCAAACACAAAGAGAUGAUCUGAUACAGUGGAUAUUUGGAGAUGAAAGUGUUCUCAUAGCUGAAUUUGAUAUGGAGGACAAUAAGACUUCAUUAUAUGAUGGUGCUGAUGGGAGAUUCAAAGACAGAUUGAAGAUAAAUGAUCAAACUGGAGAUCUCACCAUCACUGAUAGCAAAACUAAACACACUGGAGUUUAUCAGCUAAAGAUCAGCAGAAACAAACAGACCACUUUAUACAAGAUAUUCAGUGUUACUGUCAGGGAAACAUGUCUAUUGUUAGGUGGUAUAGCAGGAUUAUGUGUUAUCUUCCUCCUGGUUAUUGCUGCUGUUAUUGCUGCUGGUUUGAUUUGUUAUCGUCACAAGAUCUCUGAACUCAAACGUGUGAUAGAUGAAGUGAAGUCAGUAUCAGCAGUGGAAGGAGAUCAAGCUGAUGAACAGAAAAGUUUUGUGCAAAGCAAUGAAAGGGAAGCAGAAAGGAGAGAUAAUGAGUUUAAGGAAGGUCUUGCUGUGAAAGAUAUAGUGAAGUUAAUGUCAGUGAAAGGAGAUCAAGCAGUCGUGCAGCACCAAAACGGAGGCUGCAAGCCGACACAGGAGCCAACUCUGAGUGUUUCUACCGGUUUGAGGAGAGAACACGAGAGGAUACCGGCUCCAUACGAACACUGUAAAAUCUGGUGA